AUGCCUUACACGAAAAUCGACGUCAACGAAGAAGAAAAGUUCUACCAGGACCAGCUCACUGAACUCAAGCAGUGGUGGUCUCAACCUCGUUGGAGAAAGACCAAGCGUAUCUAUUCUCCAGAGGAGAUUGCUGCCAAGAGAGGCACCUUGAAGAUUGAUUACCCAUCCUCUCAGCAGGCUAAGAAGAUGUUCAAGCUCUUGGAGGAGCACGACAAGAACGGUACUGCUUCUUUCACCUUUGGUGCUUUGGACCCAAUCCACGUUUCCCAGAUGGCCAAGUACGUUGACUCCAUCUACGUUUCUGGAUGGCAAUGUUCUUCCACCGCCUCUACCUCCAACGAGCCAUCCCCAGAUUUGGCUGACUACCCUUACGACACUGUGCCAAACAAGGUUGAGCACUUGUUCUUCGCUCAGCUUUUCCACGACAGAAAGCAGAGACUGGAGCGUUUGGGUAUGACCAAGGAGGAGAGAGCCAAGACUCCAUACACUGACUUCUUGAGACCAAUCAUCGCUGACGGUGACACUGGUCACGGUGGUUUGACUGCCAUCAUCAAGUUGACCAAGUUGUUCAUUGAGCGUGGUGCUGCUGGUAUCCAUAUUGAGGACCAGGCCCCAGGUACCAAGAAGUGUGGUCACAUGGGUGGUAAGGUGUUGGUGCCUGUUCAGGAACACAUCAACAGAUUGGUUGCCAUCAGAGCUUCCGCUGAUAUCUGCGGCUCUGACCUUUUGGCUGUUGCCAGAACCGACUCUGAGGCUGCUACUUUGAUCACCUCUACUAUCGACCACAGAGACCACUUCUUCAUUGCUGGUUCCACCAACCCAGACUCCCCAGACUUGAGCACCUUGAUGGCCGAGGCUGAGGCUUCUGGUAUCUACGGUGACAAGUUGGCCAGCAUCGAGACCGAGUGGAACAAGAAGGCUGGUGUCAAGUUGUUCUCCGAGGCUGUUGUUGACGCCAUCAAGGCUUCUAACAUCUCUGACAAGGAGGGUGCUAUCUCCAAGUUCACCGCCAAGGUUAACCCAUUGUCUGAGACUUCUCACAAGGAGGCCAGAAAGCUUGCCAAGGAGAUCUUGGGUAAGGACAUUUACUUCAACUGGGACGCUUCUAGAACCAGAGAAGGUUACUACAGAUACAUUGGUGGUACCCAGUGUGCCGUCAUGAGAGGUAGAGCUUUCGCUCCAUACGCUGACUUGAUCUGGAUGGAGUCCGCUUUGCCAGACUACAACCAGGCUAAGGAGUUCGCCGAGGGUGUCAAGUCCAAGUGGCCAGACCAGUGGUUGGCUUACAACUUGUCUCCAUCUUUCAACUGGAACACUGCCAUGAGCACCUCUGACCAGGAGACUUACAUCAAGAGAUUGGGUAAGUUGGGUUACGUCUGGCAGUUCAUCACCUUGGCUGGUUUGCACACCACCGCCUUGGCUGUCGACUCUUUCUCCAAGAACUACGCCGAGAUUGGUAUGAAGGCUUACGGCCAGCAGGUCCAGAAGCCAGAAAUCGACGGUGGUGUCGAGGUGGUGAAGCACCAGAAAUGGUCUGGUGCCGAGUACAUCGACUCCUUGUUGAGAAUGGUGAGUGGAGGUGUCACUUCUACUGCUGCCAUGGGUGCUGGUGUCACCGAGGAGCAGUUCAAGGAGAAGGCUGGUGGCAAGUUCUAA